UUCAGGGGGCCGCCGGCGUGGGGCCAGGUCGAGCUGAGCAAGCUCCAGAAGACGAAGUGCAACUUCACGGUGGCCGUCGAAUCCGAACGUCAGAUGUGGUUGCACUUGGGGGCAGGCCCUCGCUUGGACUCUUGAUUUGCGCAUACCUUACUGUCGAAACAUAAUGUCCAGCCUGGUGCAUGUAGGACUACUGCCUACGCCAAGCACCAGGCCCAAAAGGAGAAGGACCCGUGGUCUAUAUUCGAUAUUCCUCCAACGUCUACACAAGACCAGGUGAGGUCCAGGUUCCGUGAGCUCGUUCGCCUUCACCAUCCAGACAGGCCAGGCGGCAGCCACGAGAUACUUCGCGAUAUAAUUUCGGCUGCAGAGGCACUUCUCAAAGGCAGUCGUGGAAGGCCUCCCCUGGCUCGACAGUACUCCGAUGCCACCCGCGAAAGUUGGCGAAGACGGCGGCAGGAGCAGGCUGAGCAGAAGACUGUCCGCGAAGAUUUGAUCUACCAUGGCUUAGGGCGAAUGCACAAGGGCAUUUGGCCGAUCUACAAGAUCACAACGCUGAGGAUUAUGAUACAUUGGCAGCUUGACCGUCAUUCGAUGGCUCGCAAAGGCCGUGCGAAAACCCAGGAGGUUCCAUUCGAGGACGUCCGCAAUGUGACUGAGUUGAUCAAGUUGCCCAAUGGCGAAUUCGAUAUGAUGUUGGCCUUGGCCACCCGCACUGUAUUGCGCUUGCAGCAGCUUCCUGUCAGAGCUGUUCAGGGCAUUCAGGGCGCGGUGAAGGAGUCGCAGCUCCGUUUCCAGGCGAGGACGGCCCAGAUGCUCAAGCGAGUCUAGAUGUGGCCCGUGGAAUUCGUGACUGGGCGCAUCAAUAGUGGCAUGCCACAUUGCUUAUCAGGGUAUCUACACGUGUGUCGCAAAGAUGGCCGCUUUGUUACGCCAGCCUGCGACCAACGGUUGCAAGCGGCAUGUUCAGCAUCUUUUGACGGUAGAUAUCGAAUUUUGCACGUGUCCUGCCACUCAUUGUAUUAUAUGCGCUGCCGCCUCCAGAGCGCGUGAUGUACAUUGACCCUCCAUGGUCGACCUGCGCUCGAGUGGGCCUAGGGCGCAGUUUCGAAUUUCGCUGUAAAAAGGCAUGUGUGUCAUUGAUGCGUCGGUAUAGUUUUAAAGGUUCUGCAUGGCCUGAGAAGUAUUUCAAGUGCGGUGGGCACGGACAUGUGUAGCUUGGCAACGUCAGCGUUCGAGCGCUACGCGCGGGCUGCGUUAGAGGAUGACGCAGCGCAGCGACACCCUGGAUCAUUUUCCAAGCCCCUGCUCGGACUUAAAAUCACGCACUGUGGUCUUAGGUAUGCACGUAUGGACUGCCCGAGCUUUCAGGAAGCACCCAGAAAUGUGCAGUGCUCUUUCGAUAUCUCGAUGGGUUGUCCUACGUCGUGUUUUAGCCUGCGUGCGGUUGGUCAGUGUUGGCCG